AGACUACAGUUGCCAUUGGCGAAACAGAUUGGAAGUGCGUGUCGCGUCAGAAUGAAGUUCGCAGGGAUCCUCGUAUUGCUCGCAGUGGCUGUGCUAGUCGCCGCAGAGCAGGUGACUUAUAGAGAUUACAAAGUGUAUAAAUUAGAGUUCAUCACCAGAGAGCAACAGGCUCAACUGAAACGUUGGGAGGAUGUUGAAGGCGUUGACUUCUGGGACCGGGCUGGCCAUCGAGUCAUGAUCCAUCCGGAAUUGCAGCAGACUUUUGAGAAAUUUUUGGUAGCAAACAAAAUUGCUCACGAAGUCAUCAUCCAGGAUGUUGAAGCUACUAUCGAAGCUGAACGAAGAUACGAUCAGGAAUAUAAGAAAUCUAAAGCAGCUUUAGGUCGAAGCACCGUUGAUUUCGUACAUUUCUGGCGUACUCAGGAGAUCUACGAUUAUAUGGAUGGGUUGGCGGCUUCCUAUCCAAAUUUGGUGUCUGUUGAAGUUAUUGGAUAUUCUCGCGAAAAUCGGGAAAUCAAGUCCAUCACCAUCACCAGUUCAAAUGGCCAAGUGAGUGGCUCAAAGCCGGUUAUUUUCAUCGAUGGUGGAGUACAUGCUCGUGAAUGGGCUGGAAUCAUGUCUGUCGUUUACUUGAUCCACGAGCUGGUAGAACACAACUCUGAAUACCAGGAUAUGAUGGGAAGUGAUUGGGUCAUCGUUCCGGUGGCAAAUCCUGAUGGUUACGAGUUUUCGCACACCUCAAACCGCAUGUGGCGUAAGAAUCGUUUUCCAUCCUCCAUCCUUUGCACGGGCAUUGAUCUGAAUCGUAACUUUGCAUACAUGUGGUCUUCUGGUAGCAAUCUUUGUUCUGACACUUAUCCUGGCACAGAACCAGCAUCUGAACCCGAAACUCAAGCCUUGGUUUCCCUCAUGAACCGUUACAGGAAUAAUCUGUCCCUCUACCUGGCAGUACACACCUACGGAAACAUGAUUUUAUAUCCAUUCGGAUAUGCUUGGCCUUUCAUCCCGGUUUCCAAUGCUGCCGAACAUAUUGCUAUGGGUGAAAAGGCUAAGGCUGCCGUCUUGGCCGCUGGUGGUCCCAGUUACGUAGUAGGAAACAGUGCAGAAAUCCUCUAUACUGCCUUUGGAGCAAGUGACGAUUACGCUUUGGGACUCGGAGGAUUCACGUAUGGCUUCACGCUGGAACUGACCGGAGGAGGCUCGCAAGGAUUCGAUUUGCCUGCGAGUCAGAUUCAAAACGUGGCACAUGCGACUUUCCAAAUCUUCCGAUCCAUGUCUAAUGAUAUUUAGGUUGCUAUGGAAUUUUUUGCACCGUUUUUUAUGUUGGAUAUUCAAAUUUGUGAUAAAUGUAUUAAUAAACGGAUCUUAAUCGAUAGUGGGUUCCACGCUCUAGCUCACUUCAUA